UCAGAGACUACACUCUAACCACAGAACGCUCAAGGGAUUUGAACAUCAGUGGAGCACUGAUACCUUUAAGAAAAGAAAUCUUCCUGAAAUUGCUGGAAAAUGUCUAAGGUAUACAAGAAAACCUCUGGGAAUGGCGCACUUACCCUUUACCUGGGUAAGAGAGACUAUGUCGACCAUGUUCAGAAUGUGGACUCCAUCGAGGGAGUGGUGAAAAUUGAUCCUGCAGACCUCGGAGGCAAGAAAGUCUUUGUGCAGCUGGCUUGUGCCUUCCGUUAUGGUCGUGAGGACCUGGAUGUCAUUGGACUUUCCUUCAGGAAAGACAUCUGGGUCAAGCACCUCCAGUUGUACCCUGCUGACCACAAACCCACCCUCACUCCCAUGCAUGACUGCCUUCUCAAGAAGGCAGGAGAGCAGGGCCAUGCCUUCACGUUCGACAUUCCCAUAAACCUUCCCUGCUCUGUCACACUCCAGCCAGGACCAGAUGAUGCUGGAAAGGCUUGCGGUGUGGACUUUGAAGUCAAGACCUACAUUGCAGAUGUGGCAGACCCAGAAGAUAAACUUGACAAGAAAGACACUGCCCGUCUAAUCGUCCGUAAGAUCCAGUUUGCCCCAGAUGCAACUGGUGCUACUGGGCCCAAGGCUGACAUCUGCAAGAGCUUCAUGAUGUCUGACAAGCCUGUCCACCUGGAGGCCUCUCUGGAAAAGGAGAUCUAUUACCAUGGAGAUCCGAUCAAUGUCAACGUCAAAGUCAAGAAUGAAACCGCCAAAACAGUGACAAAAAUUAAAGUCACCGUUGACCAGACUACAGACGUGGUGCUCUACUCCGCGGACAAAUACACCAAAACCGUACUUUGUCAAGAGUUUGGAGAGACAAUAGAUGCCAAUAGCACAUUCGAUAAAUCCCUCACCAUCACCCCCCUACUGGCCGACAACAAGGAGAAGCGUGGUCUGGCGCUGGACGGCAGACUGAAGGAUGAGGACACCAACCUGGCCUCCAACACUAUUAUCAGAGAUGGUAUGGAUAAGGAAGUGUUGGGAAUCUUGGUCUCCUACAAAAUCAAGGUCAACUUGAUGGUGUCUUCAGGAGGCUUAUUGGGGGGUCUCACAGCCAGUGACGUACAGGUGGAGCUCCCCCUGAUCCUCAUGAACCCCAAACCCCAAGAUGUAGGUCUCCCGGUGGGAGAGUGAAGAAUGCAUGUUACCCUUGAGGCUGAGUAGAUUCCCCCAGCAGAAGAAAGAUGAGGAAUGAGGGACUGCAAAGUUGAAUGGAGCAAAGCUGUUGAUGGCUGUCCAGAUUGAAAGGAUGAUGACCAAACCAAAGAAGAAAAUGGAAUACCUCAUAGGAAAAACCAUCAAUAAAGAAUCUUGAUUUCUCUUACUAUUACAUGCAUUUUAGUGUUGUAUUUGAGUGGUUUUGUCAAUGUGAGCCUGUACUGUAAUGUAUGUAGAUAUCCAGCCAUCCGUAUGAGUCAUAGAAUUUCACUCGUAACUUAAUUAACCAUUCACUCUGACCUUCUCACAUAAAACCAUGGGGAGGUUAAUGAACACAUUCAGUAUAAAGGGGUUCAUUGGUUUGCGGAUAAAUCUCCCUUCUAAACUACUCCAACAAACAGGGAGUCCGGUUGUACUCAGUUUAUGAUUUUCAAAGAAUUGUGUUUUUCUGUGGUAUGUAUGUAUGUUUUUGACUGAUAAGUCAUUGAACCAAAUAAAAACACCACAUAU